UUCGAUCUUAUAAAGCAACGGAACGCUAUAAAACGGCCCCCACCCCGUUUGUCCUUUCGUAGUUAUCGACUUGAUCGUUGGAACCUUCUUCAACUGAAGCCAUGCCGUACUAUACGAGGAACGAUGACGACGUUAACGAUUUCGACGAGUAUGAUCCGACACCGUAUGGAGGAGGAUACGACAUUGCCUUGACAUACGGCCGUCCCACCCCACCGUCUGAGGAGACCUGCUACCCAAACAGCUCCUCCGCUGACGAGAUCGACUACGAUCGCCCCCACUUCUCCUCGCACGCCAAGCCCUCCGCCUACGCCGACGACCAUCUCCAGGAGGAAUACACUAGCUAUUCCCGUCCAAAGCCCCGACCUCGCCCUGCUCACGGCGGUGCCCAUGGAGGGGAUGUGUUUUUAGAUGCUAGGCCUGAGCCUGGUUAUGGGUCCCAGCAUGAAAGGACAAGGCCUGACUCCGAUUAUGGAGAUGAGUCACCAAGGAGGCAUAAUCAUGGGAGGCGAGGAGAUGAGUCACCAAGGAGGCAUGAUCAUGGGAGGCGAGGAGAUGAGUCACCAAGGAGGCAUGAUCAUGGGAGGCGAGGAGAUGAGUAUGAAAGGCGCGAUUCGGAUGAUGAAGAGCGUUAUAGACGCAAGAAACAUGGAGACGAUGAUGAUUCUGAUGAUGAAGAGAAGAAACACCAUCGUCACAAACAUCACCACCACAAGAAGCACUCUGAUGACGACGAGUGAUGCCGCUGAUUUUGAAGGGAAUUCUCGCCAUGCUACUUAAUAAAGGAUUGAGUCAUGAUUCCUUUUUAAUAAUCGUUUUGUGUGAGAGCUCUUUUAUGUUUCCUGUAUUACGAUGGAUGAUCUGUUAAUAAUAAUACGCAUGCCGCCAUUAGCCAGUAGCUACUGGGCAUGUUUCGUCUUUAA